UCUGCUCUGUAUAUAUACUUAAACCCUGCCGCCUUCUUCUAUCGAAUCCCCUAACCUCGACUCCUAAAGAAAACCUUCCCUCUCUGAACAGAAACUUGUAUAAAAAACAAAAAUGAUUAAAGCCCCCAAAAGCUGACCUCUAAAAGUCUGCAAAUUCUGUAUUUCUUUGCUUGCCAAGAAGUUUUUUCAGGAUAUUCUAUCUAACUCGUGCCAAUUUCAUUCGUAUGAUUAUCUUCCGCGAAAGUUUUUUUGUAAGGAGUUGGAGAGAUUGGAGACAUAUAUAGGCUAGUGUUGCUUUUAUCAAGUAUUACAUAAAUUUGGAUUCUACAUCAAACAUUGUAAAUCUGGUAGUAGUUGUUCAAGAAUUAGAAACAGCAAGAUCUCUUCUGAAUCACUAGUGGUACAGCUGAUGCUACAUUUGUAGCAUGGAAUCUCACCCGCUUUUCAGAUAUAGUAGUGUAACUGGUGCGGGCAUAUCUUACUCAUCUUCUUAUCCAAUUGCUCCUUCAAUACCCAAUAGGCUUUCAGGGCCCUUCCAAUUUGCUAUAGGAAACUCACCUAACUCACCCUUCUCAAAUCAGUUUGAUUGUGACACCAUUACUACAUUAAGUGACAGUACGGAGCAGUAUAGUCCCACUGAGAAUCUUUCAGGAGCCAGCCCUUCUUGUAACUCUUCACUUGAAUCCAAUAAUUACUUUCAUCAUCGUAGCCCUUCAUUGUUGCAAGAUGCAAAUUCUGGUCAAAAUAUAAAACAUAGAUUGCUGCAAUUAGAGACUGCUUUGAUGGGGCCUGAUGACGAAGACAUAAGCAUGCCUAAUAAUGCUCUAGGGGAAAGUAGUAGGCCACAGACUUCAGGCCAGAGAACUAGGGCAUGGUGCCAGGAGCGCCAGGGUUCUCGGGUGAUUCAGCCACAGCCAUCCUUUGUUUCCAGGCAAAGGCAAGCUUGUGAAGGUUCUUCUGUUGAAAAAUAUCAUAAAGGAAUCGAAGAAACAGGUUUGCAAAGUAUUCCACCAGACAAUCUAAAGCAAUUGCUCAUUGCGUGUGCUAAAGCUCUUUCCGAAAACAACAUUAAUGAAUUUGAUAGGUUGAUUGAAAAGGCUAGAGCUGCAGUGUCUAUAAGUGGAGAGCCAAUCCAGCGUCUUGGAGCUUACUUGGUAGAAGGCUUGGUAGCAAGAAAGGAGUCAUCAGGCAAUAAUAUUUACCAUGCCCUUCGGUGUAGAGAGCCUGAAAGCAAGGAUUUGCUUUCGUACAUGCAGAUCCUAUAUGAAAUUUGUCCUUAUCUGAAGUUUGGGUACAUGGCAGCCAAUGGGGCCAUUGCUGAAGCAUGCAAGAACGAAAACCGCAUUCAUAUCAUAGACUUCCAAAUUGCUCAGGGUACUCAGUGGAUAACACUUCUCCAAGCUCUUGCAGCAAAGCCAGGUGGAGCUCCACAUGUGCGCAUUACAGGUAUUGAUGACCCUGUUAAUAAACAUGCUCGUGGUGAUGGGUUAGAGGCAGUUCACAGACGUUUAGCUACUAUAUCUGAGAAAUUCAAUAUCCCUAUAGAGUUCCAUGGGGUGCCAGUUUUUGCUCCAGAUGUCACUCAGGACAUGCUUGAUGUGAGACCUGGCGAGGCUCUAGCUGUGAACUUCCCCUUGCAGCUUCACCACACUCCUGAUGAAAGUGUUGAUGUGAGCAAUCCAAGGGAUGGACUUCUCCGAAUGAUCAAGUCACUAAAUCCAAAGGUGGUCACUUUAGUGGAGCAAGAAUCAAACACAAACACCACCCCGUUCCUCACUAGGUUCAUGGAAACUCUUGACUUCUACUUGGCGAUGUUCGAAUCCAUAGACGUGAGACUGCCAAGGGAACGGAAGGACCGGAUUGGUGUGGAGCAGCACUGUUUAGCCAAGGAUAUUGUGAACAUUAUUGCUUGCGAGGGGAAAGAAAGGGUGGAACGACAUGAACUGUUUGGCAAGUGGAAGUCUAGGCUGACAAUGGCAGGGUUCCGGCAAUACCCUUUGAGUUCCUAUGUCAACUCUGUAAUAAGGAGCUUGCUUAGGUGUUACUCAGAACAUUACACGCUUCUGGAGAAGGAUGGAGCUAUGCUGUUGGGAUGGAAGAACAGGAAUUUGGUAUCUGCUUCUGCAUGGUAUUGACAUCGGAAGAGAUGAUCCGAUUUGUAACAAGAACUUGGUAUACCUUCCAUAGUUAGGAAUGAUGCAUAGCCCUGUUAAGGAUAAUAAUCGGAUAGCAGCAAUGCGAGGGUGUCUUAAUCAUGUAAUCCAGUUCAAAUAUUUAAUUGAAUGAUUUUUUCUUCCUGUAAAGAGCUAUGUUUUGAUAAAGUAUUUUAUAGAGGAUAAUUCUGUCCUUCAGCUGCUGUUACUUGUAAGUACAGGAUGCACUGUAAGUUGUUACUGUCAUUUAUGCAUGUUGCAGAAACAGUAACAGGCAGAUCAUUUAUGUAAUUAAUUCUCAUUUGGAAAAAAUUAUUUCUUUAUUACUUUUUCA